AUGCGACCACAAAAAACAAAGACACGGACGCGUCCGAGUCCGAAGCGGCGAACUUCCGGUGUUUCCUCGCCGCCGGCAAUGAAGCAUCAGUCUUCGCCCGUCGAAGGGAGAGAGGCUGGGUCAAGUUUAGAGAGCACCAAUCUCCGUAAGCCACCUUUUGGGUCACCUAAAGGCGAUAGGCUGUCGCCAGCGUUCCCUGGCGUCUCACACAGAGGAGAAGAGGGAAGGAGUCGAGAAGCAGAAGGUUCUUCGUCUGUCCUAAUAGCUGAAGACGCGGCAGCAGAAGGGGAGAAAGGAGAGGAGGAAAUGGAAGACCAGCCAAGUGGCGCGAUGUGUCAUGAUGGAGAAGUGAAUGAGCAGAUGCAGAGAGACGAAUGCGAGGCGAAAGAUGAAGCAGAGAGCGAGGAGAGAAGGACAUCACCGCUGUCCUUCUGUGAGCGUCUGACCUCGAGGUUGCGAGAGAAAGCAGAAAGGGUCCUGUUCAAGGCAGACGAAGAGUGGGCGAUGCAAGAAGAGACCUUCGAAGGCCGGGUCAAAAUGCGGAGUCUCGCAGCGCGGGAGGAACUGAAGGAAAGAGAGGCGACUCUGAGAGCGCUACAGGAAGUCUUGAAAGAGAAACUCAACGAACAGAUUCAGUGGAGAAAGAAACAGCUUCUGCGAGUUCGCGCCUUCCAGGAGCGCGUGAGAGAAGAAGUGGCGCCUGUCGCAGAGAAAGGCGACGAGGGAGAGACACCUGAGUCAGCUCCGGAGUCUGGAGGUGUAAAGAAAAAAGACAAGUCAGGGGGAACUCGGGACAUGAGAGGGUCUCCCAAGACCUUGUCUUCUACCUCGUCCACUCACGGCGCAAAGGCGGUUUCUCGCGCUGCGAAAACACCCACGCAUGCAGCUGGAAACUCGAAUUCCUCGCAUGGAGGAAAUGCCAGUUCGGCAGCGGCUUCACCCUGCGCCGGCGCCUCUUCUUCAAACGGGAAGAACGGACGAUCUACGCUGCUCAAGGGACGACGAGGUGGGGAAGAAGAGAGGCCUUUCGCGUGUGUUGCUGCAAACACAGAAGAACCUAGAGACAAAGACGAAGAACACCAACGUCUUGCUGAGGCAGCGACUGCAGACCUCUUCUUUUUCUCCGAUGACGAAGAAGGGCGAGAAGGGUGCACGAGCGGAGACUUCGAGACAGCCGGGAAAGUGGGGCAAGAAGCAAACGGAGAGGACAAAGAGGCCGGACGAGCUUCAGAUCACGCAAGUGUCUCCAGGACAGAACAAAGGAAGAAAGAUGACUUUUGGACGAAGGAGGCCCUCGAUGAAAACCUAAAGAGCGCCCAACAACUCCUUCGGGAAAUGCGAGUUGUGGUCACGCAGCUUGCUGCAGAGCUUGAGGCGAUCGAGGCAAGCCAGACACGGAAUUUCCAGACUGCAAAAAACGGAGACAAACACGAAAAUCCCAUGGGCGAAAAGAGACCUCUCAGAGGAGACCGAGGACCGGGACUCUGCGAAUCAAACCACAGGGACAUUGAAGCAGUCCAUAGAGAGAGGAAGAAAAACAUAUUCAAAGGGAAAUUAAUCGAACAAAAACACAGAGUAGAAGAAGCCGACGUGGAGAGGGCGAAUGAUGAAGAGAGUGGCACUAAGAAACGCACAAAUCACCACACCGCAAUUCGCGAAGCUGUGAUGACACUGCGUAAGGACGACGACUUCACAGCUCCUCCAGAGAGGCAAUCCAUGGAGAAGCAAAUGCAGGAAAAAGAAAAGUCGCUUUCUGUCAAACGACACGAUGUGAUCCACGAAGCUCUGGAUUGUCAGCCCGCUUCAGUAACUCCCGAGAAGGUGACCCGCUGGCUGGGGCGCCUUGACUGCAUUCGCCAAGCCGGAGAGGCUUGGAUGCGAAACCUUUCCGGGGACUUUAUUGACUUAAAAGAGAUCCAGAGGCGCAGAUGUGAAGAAUUAAUUCACAAGUGUGCAGAGAGGGUGGCACACUUCAACGCCCGCAUUCUCUGGGGAGCGUGCGAAACCGCCAGCGAGGUUGCGGCGCAGCUUCUUGAACCGCUUCAACACAAACACUUGGAGGAACUGCAGACAGAUUUGAAUGCAUUAGCGUCACGAAUGGAAAAAAGACAGCAAGAAGAGCACCGUGUGUGCCUUCGCCUCUUGACAUUUCUCUCGCAAGUUGCGUCAUUCCUCGCCUCUUUUCGGGACUCUCACCAGGUCCUGAACAGCAGCCACAGGCGUGUCGCGAUGGAUGCCUCCAAAGAGUUUGUCAAUGCAAAUCGACGGCAAGCAUCCGUCAUUCUCGCUCUUCGGGAAGAGAUGAAGACAGCUGCAACUCUCGCCGACUUGGAUGCACUGAAGAACAAAGCGGAGGAGGAACUGAAGACUCUGGAGGGUCUGGUUCGCGCAGGGGUGAAGCGGAUCGGUUCACUUGGUCAAUCCUUUCUCCCGCAAACUCAGGAAAGACGGCGAACGGAACUGGCGAAGCUGUUGGAUCUGUGGAGUCUCGCGCCAGUCUCUGAGGAACAGCAGAAAAAGCAUUUGGCUCUCGUAGAGGAGCGGGAGAAGAAGGAAGCAAGCCACGGAAGCGAGGCUUCUUUCGAACUUCUCGCAGAUUCACAAGAGGCCGUCGGCCCUUCUUCCGCGGAAAUAGGAAAACAAGAGUCGAUCAGAAGUGCACAAGAGAGAGAGACAGAGGCGUCUUCUUCUCCAGCUUCUCCAGCACGCGGAAGUUUGGCAAGACAGCGGCCUCUCUCCAACACCGCGGCCAAGGCUCUCAGAGGAGGCGAGAAAAAAGCCGAAAGUGCCAACGGGAGAAAGCUAAAUGUCUCUGCGACGCACGCAGGCAGCGACCGGAGAUCAGGAGCCUCAAGUCUUAGCAGAGAAAUGGAAAGCGCGGGUGGCGGCAAAGGCGGCGUUCACGGUGGCAGCAACGGCGAUCGAGAAGAAGGCAAAAAAAGAGAUAAAGUUGGAAAACGCGAAGUUUACGAAGACGAGAUCGACCUCGACAAGAACAUUUGGUGA